AAGUGAAAUGUUCCGCAGGGCCUCUUCAGCCGUUUUUGUUUACCACAGUAAAUGGAUUAAAGGAACGUUUUUAGUUCCGCGCGUGCACAUUUUACAUACUCCGCUUGACUUUAAUCCACGUUUCUUCUAAAUCAGUUGGACAUCUUUGAUCUUAAACGAGCUGAUAGAUCUCCUUCUAAAUGAGAAUGUCCCUCGCGCAGAGAGUGCUGCUCACCUGGAUCUUCACCUUGGUCUUCCUCAUCAUGCUUGUGCUGAAGCUGGAUGACAAGAUCCACUGGAACUGGUUCCUCAUCUUCCUCCCCAUCUGGGUCUUCGACACGAUCCUUCUGAUCAUGCUGGGCGUGAAGAUGGCGGGGCGCUGCAAGCCGGGCCACGACCCGCACGACGGGGUUCAGGGUCUGCGGAAGAAGGCCUGGUACGCGGCCGCCAUGCUGCUGAAGCUCGCUUUCUGCCUGACGCUGUGCGCUCGCUUAGAGGGGCUCACGGAAAUGAAACUGACCUUCGUCUGCAUCCCGCUCUGGACCCUGCUCUUGGGAGCCAUGACGGAGUUGGGUUUCAACAUCUUCCCUAAUCGGAGAGACUGAGGUGACGCCGCUCCUCUCGACUCCAGACCUUUCGGUGGCUAUACGCGAGCCAGUAAUCCUGCACGGAAUUUCCAUCUUUGCAUGCAGACGUUCGGUCUAAAGGCGUCACGGGUCGGGCCGACGAUCCGAGGAACCCGAAUUGCGUCCGUGAUGUUACCAGUUCGAAUCCUAGGAAGGAUAUGUUACAGAGUCAGGCACUUUUCUCAUUUGGAAUUGCCUUGAUGUAUGUAUAAA